CACUUCCUGUCCGCUCGCUCUUCAGUGGGUUUCACUUCCGUCUGCCUGAAGCGGGUCGAGCUCGUUCUGUCCAAACACUUUCUAUAUUUUUAUCUUGAACUCAGCUGGUACCGUGGACCGGGCAGUCAUGUCUAGUCGCGAAGCCCUCAACAUGAAGCUGCCUCCGAUCCAGUCCACGGCCGGAGCCGUGCCGGUCCGGAACGAGAAAGGUGAGCUCUCCAUGGAGAAGGUGAAGGUGAAGCGGUACGUGUCGGGUAAACGACCUGACUACGCGCCAAUGGAGUCGUCGGACGAGGAAGAAGAGGACUUCCAGUUUGUGAAGAAGGGAAAGGAAAUGAUGGAGAUGCCGGAGCUGGAGCUGGAGGAAGAGGAGGUCUCUGACCCACGUCUCAAACGUCUGCUCAACCGUGUCUCCGAGGACGUGGAGGAGAGGCUGGCGAGACACAGACAGAUCGCAGAGCCUGAAGUCGUGGCCGAGAGCAGCGAGGACUCUGAUGAAGGAACCUGGCACCCGGAGCGAGAGGAGAGCAGCGAGGAAGAAGAGGAGGAAGAGGAAGAAGUGGACGAUGAGGAAAUCGAGAGGAGACGAGCGAUGAUGAGGCAGCGAGCCGUCGAACGCAAGAACGAGGAGAUGGAGGUCAUGGAGGUGGAGGAGGAAGGGAAGUCCGGGGAGGAGUCGGAGUCGGAGUCUGAAUACGAAGAAUACACAGACAGCGAGGACGAAGCCGAGCCGCGACUCAAACCUGUCUUCAUUCGCAAAAAGGACAGAGUCACGGUGGCGGAGCGCGAGGCAGAGGAGCAGAGGCAAAGAGAGCUGGAGGCCGAGGCCAAGAAGCAGGCGGAGGAGCGACGUCGCUACACCCUCAAGAUCGUGGAGGAGGAGGCGAAGAAGGAGUUUGAGGAGAACCGACGCACGCUGGCCGCUCUGGACGCUUUGGACACAGACGGAGAGAACGAGGAGGAAGAAUAUGAAGCCUGGAAAGUCCGAGAGCUGAAACGCAUCAAGAGGGAUCGAGAGGCCAGAGAACAGAUGGAGAGGGAGAAGGCUGAAAUCGAGAGAUUCCACAACCUGACGGAGGAGGAGCGCAGAGCCGAGCUCCGCAACAGCGGCAAAGUCAUCACCAACAAAGCCACCAAAGGCAAAUACAAGUUUCUGCAGAAGUACUACCACAGAGGUGCCUUCUUCAUGGACGGGGAGGACGACGUCUACAAGAGAGAUUUCAGCGCGCCGACUCUGGAGGAUCACUUCAACAAAACCAUCUUACCCAAAGUCAUGCAGGUCAAAAACUUUGGUCGGUCCGGACGCACCAAGUACACCCACCUGGUGGACCAGGACACCACGUCGUUCGACUCGGCCUGGGCUCAGGAGAGCGCUCAGAACAGCAAGUUCUUCAAGCAGAAGGCGGCGGGCGUGAGGGACGUGUUCGACAGACCCACGGUGAAGAAGAGGAAGACUUAAGACGUGAAACGGAGACUUUAGAGACUGUCCAGAGGCCGAGCCCAGGGACUCUCUCCUGGACUUUGAACUGUUUAUCUACGAGGAGGUCGCACUAUCAUUUAAAAACGUUAUUUAAAUGUUGGAUGAAUGCUGCAGAAUAUCCCUUUGAGAAUCCAGCUCACAUUUCUUUCUGUAUUUGUGGCGAUGAACGGGGGAUGAUUAAUGAUGUAAUGUCCUAAAGAUCUGUAUGAUAACAGGUCUGACACUCAGAUACCUCCUUCACUUUAAAGCAGGGCGUCACCAUGUCAUUUUGUAAAAAAAAUCAGCUUGUAAUAACCAAUUUCUUGUAAUAUCCAUUUUUUCUUCCAGAUUUGUGAAAGUACAGGUGUAACUUGAUUUUUUUGUGAAUAAAACUUGUAUUUUCAUUUUUAAGAACA